AUGGCGCAAUCAUUGGAUUUCUCGCUCCGUUGCAACUCCCUAACAUGCCGAAAAGUUCUGACUGACCAAGCUGUCGUGACGACUUGUUCGCACAUCUUUUGUCUAUCUUGCGCCGGUAACUUGGGUCUCACACGACAAACACAGCAAAGUCGCACCUGUCCUGCAUGUCAAGCAAAUCUGCCAAAUCCGGACGACGUUGUGUCAACUAUCCUCAACCCUACAGAAGAUUACAAAACUAGCGUGCUGAGUGGUCUGGAUCCAACCACGGUCAUUGAAUGUGCUGGGAGGGCGUUUUCGUUCUGGGCUUACCAAACGACACAAGAAAUAUGCUACCAAGAAUAUCUGAGCAAAGGGCUCACCGAAAAGUACGGCAGCCUGAACACCGAGAAAGAAACGUUGAUCAACAGUGCCAAUAUCGAAAUAUCAAGUCUGCAAAAUAAGCUUGCCGAUAUGCAACAGGCCCAAGACCAACUACAAAAGAAAAACGAUGAGCUCAUCGCCCUCUACCAAGAGAAAUGUAAGAAACAUACUCAAAUGACGAACCUCUAUAACCUUCUCAAAAGCCGAGCGAUGCGUUCCCAGAUACAAACUGCCGCAUCAGACUCUGUAUCUCAAACACUAAAGUUCCUACCUCAAGCAACAAACAAUACACGACUGAACAGAUCAUUGGUGCUUCAAACAGCCAUGACUGCAUCUCGACAUUUCGAUGCAUUGUCCUCUACGGAGAAACGAAACGGCAAAAACAGCACAGAGAGACUCUUUCGACAUCAGCGGAGCGGCAGUGCAAGCUCAAAGAGUAAGGAGGAUCCUUUCAUGGCCCGUGUGGGAGCAAUGCCUCCUCCUCAGUUACCUUUUUCUGUUGCCCAAAAUCCCGUCCCUACGACAUCUCAUCAUCGGACACGUCUUCCUGCUCAGCCGGAGCCAGAGGUCUUUCGAGAGAACCGGGAGCAGAUGGAUGAACCGAAAUACUUUGCAAACCAUGGACGUUUUAGGGAUUUCAGCUAUAAUCCCGGUUGA